AUGAAUUUUCAAACCCAAACUUCCAAAGCGGUAUCAAAUGUUUUGCUUCGGCAUUCUCUAACAAUCUUUGUUCUCCUCAUUGGAGCUCAGGUUGCCUACAGUUUCCAAAAUACAAUUGUUGGCGUGGUCAUUGAUGUCAAUUCAAAGACAGGAGAACAACAGAGAAUGGCCAUGCAAAUUGCAGCUCAACGUUUCAAUAAUUAUUCACAGAACCACUAUAUAAACCUUUUCUUCCGCGACUCUGGUGGAAUUCCAUUACAAGCAGCUUCAUCUGCUGAAGAACUAAUCAUUAAGAAAAAAGUUGAAGUCAUUCUUGUCAUGGGGACAUGGCAAGAAGCAACUCUAGUUGCUGACCAGGGAAACAGUGCUCAAAUUCCAAUUAUUUCAUUUUCUUCUCCCCCAAUGACCCCUCCUGCUUCAAUGCAACAUCGUUGGCCAUUUCUGAUUCAAAUGGCAAAAGAUCAGGCUGCACAAAUAAAUUGCAUUGCAGAUAUUAUCCAUGAGUUCAAUUGGCGGAAGGUUAUAGCUAUAUAUGAAGACAACCCUUACAGUGGUGAUUCUGAAAUGUUAAGCCUCUUUUCUGAGGCUCUCCAAAAGGGUGACUCACAGAUAGAGAAACGGUUAGUUCUUCCAUCGUUCACAUCUUUAUCUGAUCCGAAAGGGUUUGUUCUGACCGAAUUGCUUAAGCUUUUGCCACUGCAAUCUCGUGUUUUUGUUGUACUUCAAGCAACAUUCCCAAUGAUAACCCAUUUGUUCAGAGAAGCUAAGAAAAUUGGAUUGUUGGGGAAAGAUUCAGCUUGGAUAAUGAACGAGGGGAUCACAAGUAUGUUAGACUUUGCAAACAAAUCUGUUUUGUCCUCUAUGGAAGGUGCUUUAGGAAUCAAAACCUAUUAUUCUACAAGUUCUCUUUCUUAUAAACAAUUGCAGGAAGAUUUCCAAACUGAGCAUGCAAAACCAGGAUCAGAUGCAUUACAAGCUUAUGAUAGCGUUACAUUAAUCACAAAGGCCUUGGAGAGAAUGAAUGGGAAAUCUAGUAAUUCAAGGGUGUUCUUGGAAAAAUUGUUAUCUAGCGAUUUCAAUGGUUUAAGUGGUAAUAUAAGAUUCAAAGAUGGUCAUCUAUUCAACACUCCGGUGUUGAGAGUGAUAAACGUGGUUAACAAGGAAUACAAGGAACUAGAUUUUUGGACCCCGAAAUUCAAGUUCGGUAAAUCUCUUAAAAUACUGAAAGACAGAGAAACAAAAGAUGAUUAUGCUACAAAUAUCUCACUUGGUCCAGUGGUUUGGCCAGGAGGCCUAACUUCUGCUGGUCCAAAGGGAUGGAAACUGCCCACUAACGCAGAACCUUUAAAAGUGGCAAUUCCUAUAAACCCUGCUUUUGAAAAUUUUCUGAAGGAAGGCCCUCCAAAGAAAUAUGAUGGUUUCUGUAUUCGUCUUUUCCUUGAGAUAAUAAAAAUUCUGAGUGACAAGUAUGGUGACAUUCCCUAUGAAUUUGAGUCCUUCAAUGAAUCCUAUGAUAAACUUCUACUGAAUGUAAUAACCAAGUCCCACGAUGCCAUUGUCGGGGAUUUAACAAUACUCGCCAACCGAUCAAAGGAUGUGUCGUUCACUCAACCAUACACUGAUUCGAGCUUAUCAGUUAUAUUUCCAAUAGAGACUGAAGGAUCGAUGUGGUUGUUUAUGAAACCCUUUAGCUGGGAAAUGUGGCUUGCUACUAUUUGCAUUCUCAUCUACACAAUGUUCACUUUAUGGUUCCUGGAGCAUGAGUUCAAUCCAGAUUUUGGUGGUCCAUUGGAAAAUCAGAUCAGCACCACACUGUGGUUUGCCUUUUCUUCUCUAUUUUUUGCUCAUAGGGAGAGAAUAAGAAGCAACUCUGCACGAGUAGCAGUUGGUGCAUGGCUUUUUCUUGUGUUUGUAAUAAACUCAAGCUACACUGCCAACCUUUCCUCAAUGCUAACUGUAAAACGAUGGUCACGAAGAGAUAUUGAGUGGCUAAAGCAAAACAAGUUAUCAGUUGGUUGUGAAAACCAGAGUUCCUUUGUAAAGAACUACAUGAUAGAUGUGUAUAAGUUCCAUCCAAAUCAAAUAAUAAACGUUCAUGGAGAACAUGACAUUAUAGAUAAAUUCAAAAGCAAAAAAAUGCAUGCUCUCUUUUUUGAAAGCCCGUAUGAGAGGGUUUUCUUGAACAAGUACCCCAGGGAUUACACUGCAAUUACAGCUGCCUAUAAAUUUGGAGGACUUGGCUUUGCAUUUCAAAAAGGAUCUCCCAUGGCUAAAGAAUUUUCUGAAGCCAUUUUAGAACUAGCAGAAAAUGGAAAACUAAAAUCUUUGGAAGAGCAAUGGUUGACUCCUCCCCAAUGCUCAAACUCAAACUGUUCUCCAGAAACUGAAGGCCUGGCCCUCUCCAACUUCUGGAUUCUCUAUGUCAUGUGUGCUUUCAUAUGCACUAUCUGCGUGGUGCUGUCUGCCAGCAGCCAAACAUAA